AUGAGCACACUUGCAUCUAGCACGGCUCUCUCAAGAAGCUUCAAUAUGGGGGACUGGAAUGGCAUGGAGAAUGAUCAAUUGGACCAUGUUGUUCUAUCGGUAACGGACGCUACUAAAAGGUUAUCCCAACAUCAAGAUACUGAUGAUCUGGGUUCCUUGGAUUUACAUUCCAGUAGGAAUAGUAUUCGCAAUGAUAAUGAGUAUGGGAAGAAACGUACAGCAUCAAAAAUUAGUAAAUUGCAAAGACGUGGGAAGAAGAAGACGUCGAGGGAUAUGAUAGGACCUUGGAAGUUGGGGAAAACUUUGGGAAAAGGUUCUUCUGGAAGAGUCAGGCUGGCGAAGAAUAAAGAGACUGGCCAAUUGGCUGCGAUUAAAAUCGUUCCGAAAUCAAAGAGUACAAAGUUUAAUAAUGCAAAAAAAAAUGGUAAUGGGAAAGACAAUACUUACGAUAAUAAACCUCAUCUAUCCUAUUCUUCGUUGCAUAACAGAAGUAACCAUUCGGUUUUACAUAAUCCAUCAUUUUUGAUGGAUAAUAGUAUCAUUAAAAAUGAAUUGGGCAGUGAUUUGGAUGACGAUGGUAAUGAUAGCAGGAAUAAAGAUAAUUCAAAUCGUUAUGGUAUCGAAAGAGAAAUUGUAAUAAUGAAAUUAGUGUCUCAUCCUAACGUGAUGGCAUUGUAUGAAGUUUGGGAAAAUAAAAAUGAAUUGUAUUUGGUUUUAGAAUAUGUAGAUGGAGGUGAACUAUUCGAUUAUUUGGUCUCAAAGGGAAAGUUAACGGAAUUAGAAGCAGUAAGAUAUUUUAAACAAAUUAUAAGAGGUGUACAAUAUUGUCAUUCCUUUAAUAUCUGUCAUAGAGAUUUAAAGCCUGAAAAUUUACUUCUAGAUAAAAAAAGAAAAUUGAUCAAGAUUGCUGACUUUGGUAUGGCAGCUUUACAAGUAUCAAAUACAUUAUUAAAAACUUCAUGUGGUUCUCCGCACUAUGCAUCUCCAGAAAUUGUAAUGGGGAAGACUUAUAAUGGUGGUCCAAGUGAUGUAUGGUCAUGCGGUAUUAUAUUGUUCGCAUUAUUAACAGGUCAUUUACCAUUUAAUGAUGAUAGCAUAAAAAAAUUAUUGAUUAAAGUACAGAAUGGCAGGUAUCAAAUGCCAAAUUAUCUCUCUAAAGAUGCAAAAGAUUUGAUUUCAAGAAUAUUACUUGUAAAUCCAAAAGCAAGAUUGACAACUGAACAAAUUUUAGAACAUCCAUUGAUAACCAAAUAUGAUAAUCAAUAUAGUUUGAAGAAAGAGAAUAAAUUAACUAAACAAGCCAUUAAGAAUUAUAAUAACCUUAUGAGAGGUAAAUCGAAUACUGAUCUAGCAAUUUUACAAAAUAUCCCUGAUAAAACUGAUAUUAUCCAGUUACGCAGUAGAAAUGACAUAGAUGACUCUAUACUGAGAAAUCUACAAAUUUUAUGGAAUGGUGUUCCAAGAGAAACAUUGAUCUCAAAAUUAAUACAGGAUCCUGUAUCGGAAGAAAAAUUAAUUUAUUCCUUAUUGUGGCAAUAUAAGCAAAGGCAUACGGAUAACAAUAUAUCAGUGUCUUCAGACUCUUUAAGUAAAUCGUCUAUUACAGUGUCUACCACCAAUGAACUCGCAACUACUACGAAUUCUGAAAAGAGUAACGAGUUCGGUGAAGAGAAACAGGAACUAGAAAUACCUAGAGAUGCUCCUAAAUUAAUGCAAAAAUCCAAGUUUAGCUUAUAUUCUAUGAAAAUGUCAGAAAGCAGAAAUAGUUCCAGCGAUACUGAUCACUAUGAAAUGCGUUUCCCUUCACAAUCUUCCCAAUUAAAUAAUUUAUCAUUUCCAGUAAGCAGUUCCAGAUCAUUUAAAGGUUCUAUUUCUGGUAGAUCCUUACAUUCGGUAAAAUUGGAAAAAAUUAAGCAUCCUGGCAAUAGCAUCAUUCCAUCAACUCCUAAAACUUCAUUGCAUAUAUCACCCUCUAAGAGGUCGUUGAUAGCCUCGCCUUCGAUGAAAUCAAUAAAUAAAACCUUAAAGACCAGAAGAACUCUACAAAAUUCAGAAUCAAAAAAGUCAUUAUAUUCCUUACAAUCAAUUUCAAAGAGAUCUUUGAAUUUAAAAGAUUAUUUAAAAGAUGAAGCAAUGGAUCACACAUUGAAAAAUAAAAAGAACAACUCAUCUCUUACUUCAACUGAUUCACAAUUCGAUUUGGAAGGAAUGAUGGAUAAUAUGUUAUUUGGAAAAGAAUUAGAAGGAAUUACAGAAGAAGGAUAUUCCACUCAGGAUGAUAAUUCCUUUGGAGAUGGCGAAGAUAUUGAAUCUUCGGAAUCAGUUAAGACAUUAACUAAAUUAGGAAGUUCAUCGAUGGAUACAGUAACUGAUUUUAACAAUUAUAUGAAGAAUUCAUUUGUCAAAGCUGCUGGGAAUUUGAAUACAGAUAAAUAUGGUCACUCUGAAAAACUGCCUUCCACGGAUAUCAACCAUACAAGAGAAGAACUGCUUAAAAAAAAUGACAAUAAUGAUCCAGUAAAGUUCCACAAUACUUUUAUAAAUAGAAAUGAAGAAGCUAACAUUAAAUUUGAAAAACAUGAUAAAAAGAAAAGCUAUAACCUGAGGGCAAUGUCAGAAGCCAAUGGAGGAGACCCUGAAACUGGAAAGCACUCGCUUGAUCCUAGAAGAAAUAUUACACUACCGGAAAAACAAAAGCUUGAAACACUUCUAAACGGUGUCUCAAGUACUCUCAAAACUAAUAUAAGUAGUCAUCAAAGGCCAGAAUAUAUGGCGAAACUUACAUCUCUAGGACAAGUUCAUGAAAAUUCCACAUGGGGCAUGAUCGAAACAUCUUACUUUAACUCAACUGAUAGUAGGAAAGAAAGGCACGUAGAAUCUAUUGAUGGAAAUAAAUCACUUAUAAAAUCAACCAGCACCAGAAGCAGUGUGAUAGACACGCAAACAACAGCAUCAGAGGAUGUUACAGUUCCUAGUAUGUUAGCCCAAUCCAGUACUAUUGAACAUGAUAGAACUUUACUAAAGAUGCCGACAUAUUUUAAGAAUACUUCCACUACUUUCAAGGAUUUAAGUGCUUUUCUUAACUCAGACUUAUCUCUUGAAUCUAUAUCCUUAAAAAAAUCCAAUACUACUACGUUAAGUAAGUCUACUCCAAUUAAGGGAUCGACUUCAGUUUAUAAAGGUUUGAAGUUAACAGAACAUCGACCAACUGAAUUACUGAUUAAUAAUAAAGAGAUGUCUAAGAUUGAAAGACAUAAUUGCGCUCAAUCUAUUAAUAAUGAUGGAUCUUACUCGGAUGUAAGUUUGGUUAGAGAUAUGACGUUAAAUGUCCAUACUGCCCAGGCCAUAAAAAUGUCAGCAGCCAACACAAAAAGUAUCAAUGGCCAAAUUUUAUCGUAUGGAUCAUUAGCUUCUAGCAUUGAAAGCAUGGUAAAAUUUGAAGAUAUUUCAAGUGAUUCACAAAUGAGUGUAUCAGAUGCUACAUCCUCUUCUAUCUCUGCAAUUGGUGAACGAGUUAAUAAUUUAGUUCAUAAAAAGGCAGUUUCAAUUGAUACUUUGACAACAAAUAAUGUCUUCACGCCAGCAACAGAUGUGAGAGUUAGCCUGUAUGUUAACAACAACAAUAGUAAUACAUAUAAUAUACCUCGUGAAACUACUGAAGAAGCAUUGGCUAAGCUCAGCAUCUCCCCGGAUGACCAAGAAUUCAAGAAGAAUUACCAACAAAAAAGAUUUUCUAAUAUACAGUCAAUCGAUAAUCAAAAACUGAUGAGUGUGACUAAUUCUCUGCAAUCUAUGUUUAAAGACUUAGAAUCAGAUGAGUCAGAUGAAUCGGAACAGUAUAAUAGUACUGAAGUAAAUCCUGAAUGGAACGAUAAUUAUGUGACUGAUACCUCAAAAAAAAAAAACCAAAACCGAGUUACUAUGUUAUUUGAUGAAGAUUUUGUAAAUCCGGUUCCUUUGUUAGAAGAGAAGAAAACUUCUAAUAAUGCAAACAUAACUACCGGUAUUGAAAAUACCCAAAAAACGAGUAAGAAGAAUAAUAGUAACUUAACUAAAAAUGAAAUAAAUAUUGAGAAAGCAAAGGUUAAAGAGGAUAAAAUUAUAAAGCAAUCUGACAAAUUACCACAAGCAACUAACCAGCCUGCAAAAAGUGAAACUUCAUGGUUCAAUAGGUUAUUUAAAGGGUUAAAAAAUAAAAAGUCAUCAAAUAAAAAAAAUACCAGAAAUGAAAAUUCAACUUCACAACUAAAGGCUAGUUAUAAUAAAAAAAUGACGUUCGAACAUAAAACAAAUAUUUCUUUUGAAUUAACUCAUAUGUUAACUCUAAAAGAAUUUGAGAAAAAUGAAAUAGAAUUCAAGCUUUCCCAAUUUGAACAAAAUGCCAAUAAAGAUGUUGUUGGUUAUAAUUGUAAAUUUGUACAAAAUAACUUUAAAUUUUCAAUUAAAAUUGAAAAGUUAAAGGGAAAUAAUUCUUCUAAAACUAUGAUAACAUUAAAAAAGAAGAAAUUGUUGGAUUCAGAAAAAUCUGAUUCGAUAUUUAACAAAUUCAACAACGAUGUUGACAAUGUUAUUAAAGCAGCCGAAUCUAAACUCAUGGUGAACUAG